CUUAGCUUCUGUGGCAUUUUCAUGUUUGUCUCGUGCUCCUGCUCGCGCGGGACACAUUGCAGCUCUUCAUCUGCCGUCGACAGUAGAGCGUGAGUGUCAGGCGGAGUAUUCAAGUUGAGCGUUGAGGGUGGGGCCCUCAUUUGGGAAUCAGUCGUCCACCACAAACGAAACAAGCCUACGACGUUGUACUGGCGGCUAAUGAGUGUCACUACCAUGAGUGAUACGAUGAUAAACCCGGGAGAUCUAAUGGAGAGAAUACAGACAAUCAUUGCUCCUCCCCGCUGCGAGGAAAAAACGCGUGGGAGAAAGGCGGCGUCCACCUGUUCGCCGAUGGUCUACACGAGAGUGAGCAAGGGCAGGAGCAGUAACCAUGAUAGAUGCGACGGUUGCAAGGAGGGUGGCAAUCUUGUGUGUUGUGACCGAUGCCCAGCUGCCUUCCAUCUCUCCUGCUGUGAUCCUCCUAUCGAGCCAGGCAGCCUUCCGACCGGCGAAUGGCUUUGCAGGAGAUGCAAUCCGCCUCGACUUUCUAGUGACCUUCAUGUUGUCAAGCCGUUUCGCAUGUUGGUGGAGAGAGAGAUGAGAGAGAAUCCGGCGUCGUUCUCUCUGCCGCCGCAUCUUGUGUCCAACUCGCAUCUAGCUUUGGGUCCGAGAAAGAGGAGGAAAAGCGGGGAGGAGAGCAAACCUGCUAAGCAUGCCAGAAGUGAUCACAAGGAGGUGAGACAACCCGAUUAUUUGGUGAAUGAUCACACUACUAAGAGAUUCUGUGUACAGUGCAGUCGGACAUCUCGUGUUGCUCCUCUUCUACAGUGCAGUUUCUGUCCGCUCUCUUAUCACAUGGAUUGUUUAGAACCUCCUCGUACCUCACCCCCUCUUGGCAGCUGGAUGUGCCCUUGCCAUGCAGAGCAUCUUCAUCCCGACUUUUCGUCUGAAUUGUUGUCAACAAAGGAGACACUUUUAGAUACGAUAAAACAUGGCUUCAACGAGCAUACAGUGAAGAUCGAUUUUUUAGACAAAGUUCACAGGAUGAACCACUAUGGCAGGAGAGUGGCUCACACAAAACGUAGAAGUUUUCCAAUUCCUUCCUCAAUCAAACAUUUGUAUAAGUCUCCUUGUCUUCCUCAUGCUCAAAUGUCAGUCCCGUCGUUUGCUGAACUUUGCGAGGCAGCUCGUGAGGCAAGGAAUCCAGCCAAUGCUCUUCAGUCGUUGCAGAGAAUUUCAUAUGAUCAGUCUGCUGUGGAAGCUCAGAGACAACAAGAUGAGUGGCUGAGAUCAGUCAUUCAUCUCCAAAGUGACAUCACUCGUUUUCUUUCUCUUCCUCCUGUUGUUCGACGAAGUAUGACACACCAACGCGACAGUCUGUCAGACAGUGAUAAAUCUUAUCGUAUCUCUCCUUCAACAUCAGACAUUCUGUCAUCCAAAACAGACAGAAGAAAUUCAAUUAUUAAUCAUCCAAUUGAGAAUGGCGUGUUAUCGGACUCGGAAGAAUUAGGCGAUGACAAUCGUCACCACAUGUCACAGAGAGGAAACGGUAAGGCGUACAACAAGUUAAACGUGAACGACUGGAGUGAUAGAAACGGUCAUGAAAACAGCCAUGAUAUCGACAUUGAUGUACUAGUUGAAGAAAUGUCACACAAAGAAAACAUAAAACAAGCAAACUCUCACAAAGCUGUUCUACUGGAUCAUGGUUGUUAUGCAUUGCCCAAUUUGUCACUGCUAGAUGCAGACUUGGUCCAAUUACUUGCACAACAAAGACUGCAGCAGCUUCUCUCUACGAAGUCUGAAUCUUUGAUUAAUAAAUCAGUAUUGCCAUCAAAUGCAGAGUCAACUGCCAACAAAAAUGUGUCACAGCAAGAGCUAACAGCAACAGACGUGUUGACAAGAUGCCAUGCUGUCUUCUGCCCUUUGGGAUGUGCUGGUAGACUAUAUCCCAUGAGAAAGAGGGUCGUCACUCUUGGAUCAAGUCAGAGUUGUGACGUCUCGCUUUGUCACUUGACAUCAUGCAGUCGAUUAUCAGAGAGACAUGCCUGCGUCAUAUACAACAAGUCUAUUGCACAGUUUGAAUUAAUAAACUACAGUGAGUAUGGUACAUUAGUUGAUGGAAUCUUCUAUCUCUCAACUCACUCGAGUGAGCAGAGAACACCAGACUGCUCAUUGCCCGCAACGUUUACAACAGACACUGUGAAGGCACUUGGCGAUGGCCCUCGUGCAAGUCGUGCGCAGAAACGUAUAGAGAUGACAAGAAGUAAAUGGAAAGAUAGCAGUCGGACAACCACGUUUCUUGCUUCGUUACUAAAGAUGUCAGGCAAAGAGGGUGGUGUCCACGUCGGGAUAAGCAACACAGUGACGACAGCGAAAGACUCUCCUUCUGUUGUGCAGGCGCAGGCAAGUUCUGGGAGCUGCAGGUCUCACAAAGACUCGCGCAUAAAUAGUGAAAGAACUGUUGAGAGAGUGGCAGGUGUUGUGGAUGUGAGUAAGUUAGAACUGAGGCAUAAUCUACGUCCGCGUGUGAAAAAUGACGGUAGUUUGCAUGGUCAUUGGGAUCGUUCGAAACGAGGGGAAACGGGUAGUGGUCAACAGACGGGCAGAAAAGAUUGUUGUGGAGAUGGUUUGGUGAGAACUAUUGACGGCGUUUGUUGUGGCUGUGCUAGAUUUCAGCCAUCGAAUAGUGAUGAUGGAUGGAGCGGUUCGGCUCCUCUGUUUCAUGGCUCGUUGAUUAGGAUCGGUUGUGUUCAGUUGCUGUUGAGUGUUACUGGACAACCGGGACAUGCCGAACUUGUACAGUCGAUUGUGAAGCUUUGACAAUGAUGUGAUGGAACUAUUCUAUGCUCUUCAUAAGUCAUUGGCAAAACGUUUGCUAUUCUGUGAGUAACGAUCAAUGCUGGCAUGCAGCGUCAAACUGUAAUUACGUGAAAUAAUGUACCAAGUACACAGUAUUUUUGCAAUUUCUGUUUGCUCAAUAAAGCAACUUGAAUACAA